CUGGCGGCGCUCGCGGCCUGGGGAGCGCGGGCGCAGCGCCCCGGGAACCCCGCGGAAAACGGGACGCGUUGCGUCCUCCCGUCUUCAUCGGAGUUUCCUGAAGGAUUUUUCACACCGCAGGAGAGGAAGGAUGGAGGAAUCGUUAUCUACUUCAUAAUUAUACUGUACAUGUUUUUGGCCGUGUCCAUUGUGUGCGAUGAUUACUUCUUACCUUCCCUAGAGAUCAUCAGUGAAUGCCUUGGCCUCUCACAGGAUGUUGCUGGAGCAACUUUUAUGGCCGCUGGAAGCUCUGCUCCAGAGCUUGUCACUGCUUUUCUAGGAACUUUUGUGACAAAGGGAGAUAUCGGUGUCAGCACCAUCCUUGGAUCAGCAAUAUAUAAUCUUCUUGGUAUUUGUGCAGCUUGUGGGCUGUUCUCCAGUGUGGUUUCAAAGCUAUCCUGCUGGCCGCUGUUCAGAGACUGUCUGGCAUAUACCAUCAGUGCAGCAGCGGUCCUUGCGAUGAUAUCUGACAACAAAAUUUACUGGUAUGAAAGUGCAUCCUUAUUAUUUAUAUAUGGGUGUUAUAUUCUGGUACUAUGUUUUGACAUUAAAAUCAACCAAUACCUCAUGAAAAAGUUCAGUCCCUGCUGUACAUGUUUUACCCAAGCUAUGGAGAAUGCCGAGCAGCAGCCACUGGCUGGAUGGAGGGAUGAGAGUGGACCUCUAAUUCGUCCACAGUCAAGAACAGACAGUGGAAUUUUUCAAGAUGAGGUGGACUACUCUCAUGUUUCAACAAGCUUACACGGGCUCGAUGAAAUCUCUGAAGAUCAUCCUAAUGUCUUCACCAUGCCUGAAGCAGAUAUGAAGAGAAUUUUGUGGGUGUUAUCCCUUCCUAUUACCACACUACUCUAUUUAACUAUACCAGAUUGCAGAAGACAGUUUUGGAGGAACUGGUUCAUGGUGACAUUUUUCAUUUCAGCAGCAUGGAUUUCUGCAAUAACUUAUGUUCUUGUAUGGAUGGUAACAAUAGCAGGUGAAACACUGGGAAUCCCAGAGUCAGUAAUGGGUCUCACAUUACUUGCAGCAGGAACAAGUGUACCAGAUACAAUUGCAAGUGUGCUGGUGGCCCGAAAAGGAAAUGGAGAUAUGGCUAUGUCCAAUAUUGUAGGAUCCAAUGUAUUUGAUCUACUCUGUUUGGGAGUACCCUGGUUUAUAAAAACUGCCUUUGUAACUACAUCGGGACCCAUAGAAGUGAGCAGCAGUGGUCUGACAUAUACAGCCAUUUCUCUUAUCUGUUCUGUUGGUUUUAUUUUUCUGGCAGUUCACUUGAAUGGCUGGAAAAUAGAUAAAAAAUUGGGAACAAUUUGUCUUGUUCUGUACUUAGUAUUUGCUGUAUUAUCAAUUUUAUAUGAACUUGGCAUCAUAGGAAACAAUCCUACAAGGGUCUGUGGUAACUAGUUUUAAUCAGUGAUUAUGCUGAUGAAAAAAAUAAAAGCAGGAGAAAAAGAUCAGUUUCUUCAUUUAGUCAAA